ACCCGUCUCCUGCGUGGCGUCACCUUCCGUCCUUCUCGGCAUAUGCCCGUGGGCGCCCGCCCCAAGCCCCCAAUCGAUCCGAUCUAUCUGAACUCCAUUAGAAAAAUCUUUCUAGCUCUCAGAAAACCCGCCUCUUCCCAUUUCGUCUCCUCCAAGCGAGCGCCCGAUUCGAUCGCUCGCAUCUCCUCUGACUCGAUCGGCUGCGGCGGUGGAGGAGGGAGGGAGAUGAGGAAGCGGGAGCGGGAGAACCCGUGCGGGAUCUGCGGGCACUACCACAAGUACGAGGAGGGGGAGGUGUGCGGGGUGUGCGGCCACCGCCCGCCCGUGGCGGCGGCGGCGGGGCCGAGGCAGCAGGGCUCCGCGUUCCCGUCCGAGAUCCUCAAGGAGUUCCUCUUCCUCGGCAGCUACGACAACGCCUCCCGCUCCGAGCUCCUCAAGACCAUCGGCGUCUCCCACAUCCUCAAUACGGUACCUUUAUGCCAAAAUCUUUACCGGAAUUCAUUCACUUAUCACUGCCUUCAAGAUGACAAGACUCUGCAGUUUGAUGAUGCAAUCCAGUUUCUAGAACAAUGUGAAAGGGAGAAAGCGCGUGUCCUGGUUCAUUGUAUGUCAGGGAAAAGUAGGUCAGCAGCGUUUGUAAUAGCCUUCUUGAUGAAGUCCAGAGGGUGGAGACUGGUGCAGUGUUUUCAGUGGGUGAAAGAGCGGAGACCACAAGUGCAACUAUCUGAUGCUGCACAGCAGCAGCUGAUGGAGUAUGAAAAGAAGCUUUUUGGUUCCAAUGCAAGCAUGCCAAUUCAAUCUUUUGCUCCAACAGAUUCGUUCCCUUCUGUUGGAUUUGGUUUCCCAAAACUAGCAGGCGACGUCCAAGUGCCUACCUUCAACCAGCAGUCUCCGGCAUCCAUCUUUGAGCGUGUCAGCCCGAACAACAUCCCUAGUAAUUUCACAUUCGGAGCUGAAAGAACUAAUGAAGUGAAACUCCCAGAUAGCAAUAAUUUUGAUGUGAUCAACUCAUCUGGGAGCGAUAGCAUGAUGGAUAGCUCCUAAGAUGUUUUUGCUUGAGCCAAUGCCAUUGAUACAAAAAAGGAAAAAAAAAACUCAGAUUCUCAGGAUGUUUUAGAUUUCUGAGAAGGAAUUUUGCAUUUUUGUACAAUGAUGUUACAGUAUGUGCAAGCAUUUUGACCUUUGCUAUUGUGCUUUUUGACAAACAUGUAUGUGCUUUAUGGAACUUUUCAGAUGUAAUUCAAUUGUAAUAGAAAUUACGCUGGAAGUUUCACUAAGAGCUACACACGUGCUUGUCAAAAUGUACAGAUUUGUCGAUCUUGAAGUAGAAUUCAAAAUGUAUACAGGGUGGUUGCCAUUAUCCAGAGUACAUAACCUGUAGCAUUCGGUCAAAUUACUGUGCACGGCUGCAACCUGCCCCGAGAUAUCUUGACAGUGAACACACGGAUUCAUGUUUGAGAAUUGUUGGCAAAACUUGAAUGCCUCGCAGAGUUGCUUGCCUUCC